AUGGCAUGCGCCUUGGCUCUGCAACUUGAAGUCCAAGAAGCAGACGAGGGAUCUAACAGCCUUAGCUUCAAUUCGUACACGCAGCAAAUCUGCAUUGACGACGCCGUUGUGAUCGACCCCGACCGCAUCGACAAUGCGGUUACCAACGAUGGCUUCACCAUGCGAGAGCUUCGCUACGGCAUUGGCGCACGUGCAAAAGCCGCCCGCGCCGUCAAUGGUGAUGUAGAUGAUGAGGAUGAAGAUGAAGACGAAGAUAAUCUUCAACCUCAGCCUCAACUCAUUGAGGCAAUCCCAACAGUGGCCGCUUUGACGGGUGUUGAUGCCUCGAACGGUCAAACACAAUCUUUGAUCGGACCUGCACCCCCAUCAGUCCUUGACAGCAUGGCACUUCAACUGAGUCAAGACGUCAAGACGGUGGCCAAGCUUGUCGAAGACAUUGCCAGACUUGAAAGUGCCAUUGAAGAAGCGGUCGACCCCGACAGUGCGGAGACAAAGCGAGAUGCUCUGCUUCUCGAAAAGAAGCGAAUGCGCCUUGCUCGUCUCAAAACAAAUGGAACUGGCCUCAAGACUGCAAAUCCCCGCAGUGCUGCGCGAGAGUUGUCGAAGCGCGGUCCGAGCCAGAUUGUCUCGUACAGUUCACGCUUUGUGAACAAGAUUAGUGAAAUAACUGACGACAUGAACAUCUCAGGCUCUCUGUCGAUCAAGUAUGGUGCCAUUGGCGGCUCCGGCAAAGGUUCCUUUGUCGACUCAGACAAAUUCAAGGAGAGUGAUCUCAACUUCUUCAUCUCCGUCAAGGUCGUCAACCAGAGCAUCAACAUCAAAGAUGCCCUUGUUUUCCAGGGCCUUCCCUCGGUGAAUGAAACCAACUUUCGCUCCGUCUUUGGCGACUGCUUCAUAUCUGGUUUCCUGGAAGGCGGCGAAUUCAAUGCCCUCGUGAGCAUGAAGGUUGUGAACAAGGACAAGCGCAUGGCUGUCAAAGCCGAAGCCGAGGUCGCUUUGAGCGUUGGAGCUGCGGACAUUAAAGCCAAUGCCCACGUCGACAUAGCCAAGUCGAACUUUUCGUCGCAGACGGAGACGACGAUUCAGGUUGGCUGGUCGGGCGGCGGCCACAUCAAGCCAGUGGACCAGCUCUGGACAAUUCAGACCCUGAUGGAGACGGCUGCCAAGUUUCCUGAUCUCGUCGCCAACACUCCUCAGCGUACCUAUGCUAUCCUUACCAAAUAUGAGUCGCUUCGGAGUUACAUGGCCCUGAAGCCGCCAAAGCUCAAGCCCAUGUUUUACGAAAACGCAGCCAUCUACACCAAUGCACUGCUGGACGCCUAUAUGGACUACAAGAAUAUAUACCGCACCCUUGGGACUCAGCUUUUCGACAUCCAGGCUAGCACGAAGAAAUUUGUAGGCUGGCCUGAUGACGUGACAAAGUUUGCGGAUUCGACUACCCUCUCUCUCAUCGACGACGAAACCCCGUUUGAAGCGACUAUCAAGGGGCUUGACCUCGCCCGCCGUGCUUGCCGGUUCCAGAUGGUCAAGAUUGUCAAGGAAGUCGAUACAAUCGAGGAGCAUCCAGACUAUGCCGCCGAUGAGAAGCGCCCCGAAGCAAUCCAGAGCACCAUCAUCUUCCGAGACCGGCUUCCCGCCGUCAAGGACAAGGAGAAGGUGCCGUUCUCCGAAAUCUUCGGAACCGAAGCCCCUUGCCCCUUGCUUGAGCGCGUUGAAGGCGACGGCGUGACUGAAGCCGAGGCCGCCAAGGCUGCCAGUUAUGGUGUAGACCAACCUGACGUUGGCAAGUUUCAAAAGCUGGCGCCCAUGGUGGGUUCGCCCCAAGGCACUCUCUUCUGCAACUUGGACUUUGUCAAGGCCGAUUUCAGCUUGCGCACCGUCACGGUCGACGUCAACGACGGCGUGGUCAUUGGCCUCAGCGUCCGAUACACUAACGGUCUUUUGGCUGCCGUGGGAACUGCCGGCGGCCGCAGAAGUACACUGACGGUACACCAUGAAGAUGGUGAGAAGAUCAUUGCCUGCUCGAUCGAGACGGGCCGUCUCAAGGGCGUGGAAAAGGCCCCGACCCGCGUCACUGCCCUUCGGUUGUAUACCAAUCGCGGACCGGACCUCUUGGGCAACUCGGAGGACUGGAAGCCUGCCGUAAAGGGAGAAGGCCUCCGUGAUGGCAAACAAUUCGAGCAGCUCGAGUUGAAACACUUUGACCCCCUGCUCGUCAACGCUCAGAUCAAGGGGUUCUGGGGUUACGGCACAACAACGCCACAAAUUAACUCCACGAGCGGCAUCUUCCGCCUGGGCCCGAUCUGGGGUAACAAGGAGAGCACCGCUGCCACCGUAGGCAUUCCCGAUGAGGAACCAAUCGACACGGCUAAAAUCAUGACGAACACGGAGGCUCGCUACUGGAGUGGCUACGAGCAUAAGGGUUGGCGAGGGUCCGUCGCCGGCCGGUGUGCCACGUUCGCGGACACCUUCGCCAGACCCUUGCCCAUCGUCCCUACGGUCAUCUACGGCUUCCGCGUCAUCGAUGUUGCGAACAUCAACGCUCCCCGCCUCGCUCUCAGUCUUCCGUCCGUCUCGGAAACGGGAUACACCCUGUCGGCCAAGUCCUUCUUGCAUGGGACGGUGAACCUCGAGGCCAGCGUCAUGGUCCUGCCACACGGCAAGGUUGCCUUCCAGAACGGCUACGUGGACGCCAGCGACAAUCCAGGCGGCCGCACGGCGAACCAGAAUGCAAAGGUGUCCGUCACGUUUAGCCAGCCCUUCAAGGAGCCACCAAAGGUCUGCGUGUGGUUCACGGAGAUCUCGCAGCCGCGCACCCGACGGUACCUUCGUACCUACGUGGACGACGUCACUCCAGACGGCAUGACUGUGCACAUUGACACUUGGGACAACAGCGAGUUUGAAGCGGCGCGCGUCGGGUGGCUGGCAUGGCCGGCCGAGUGCGACGGCAAGCUGGUCAAGGCCGGCAACAGUUCGUUCGCCAAGGGCUCGGGACCGCAAGAGGCGCCCUGGUACGGCGGCAGCUUCAGCAAAGACCCCAAGGUGUUUACGGGAAUCAACUAUAUCGACUUUCCCAUGGAUCCAAACAGCCCUGUUCCUCUGCCGAUAUUUGGGAAGCAUGAGUGGGCGACCAAGGACAAGCUGCGCUGGCACGGCGGCACGUGGGGAGACACAAUCAUGACCCAGAUGGGCUUUUGCUGGAUUGCGAUGGAAUAA